AUGUCUUGCAAGCCCAAGGAGUUUUAUGGUAAAGAAGGUGCAAUUGGAUUAUUAUCAUGGAUUGAGAGUAUGGAGUCGGUACUCCAUAUUAGCAAGUGUUCCGAAGACUGUAAGGUGGAGUACGCAACAUGCCAACUCCAGKGAAGAGCCCUAACUUGGUGGAACAUACAAGUUCAAACUUGUGGUCGUCAAGCUGCCUAUGAAUUAUCAUGGGAAGAACUCAAAAAGUUACUCAUCGAAGAAUAUUGUUCUAAGAGCGAAAUUCAGAAAUUGGAAGUUGAAUUCUGGAAUCACACCAUGAUUGGAAUGGAGAUAGACAAAUACACAGCCCGUUUUUAUGAGCUUGCAAAGUUAGUACCUCAUAUGGUCACUCCAGACGAGAAACGAAUUGAUCGGUAUCUUUGGGGAUUGGCACCUGAAAUCUGA